AUGUUACUUACUGAGGUUAACUUGGGUAAGAAUAAGGAGAAAGUACCUGGUUGAGGAGAGGUGUGUGGAGGGUGUCGUCUGCUGGGGGUGGCGCGCUUCUACCACGUUGUUGUUGUGACACAGCUGAUGGCCCGCACUCUCCAUCCCUCACCACAUUUGCCUUAUUAUAAUGACUCCAUUACGCCACUAAACAUCUUAUAUUGAGUCAUUUGGAUGGUAACCCAACAGAAAUAUUGAAAGAGAAAAAAUCUUUGUCUUUGAAGAUGAUGUCAAGUGAAAGAAUGGCAGAUUUGUCUACAAGCAACACACCCUGUUUAUCUCCUGAGCUGCUGUUAGGAACAAUGAACACCUCUGAUAUGUUUGACACUAGCUGGGACAGUUCAUCAGGAGUGUACAGUGGAUUUUCAGGCACAAGGAGCAGCUCUCCAUCAUUAAGUCCUCAAGCAGAUUUAACUGAUGACAACAUUUUUGUCUGGGAUUCUGACCAUGUUUUACAGGCAAAUCUGUUUGAAACAAACAUUGAAAAUUGCAUUCAAGAUGAGAUGGACUUGCUGACUUUUGCUAAUGAUUUUCAUGUGGCUGAAGAGGACCUUGGCUUCCUUCAUGACACAACAAGUAAUAUGUCAGAUGCAUCUUCCUCCUCCUCUACCAUCACCUCCUACUCAGUUCCUCAGUCACCUGAUCACUCGUCAGGAAUUUCUCCAGAUAUUUCAUCUUUAGACACAUCUCCUACGUCUAUGCUGUUUUCAAGUCUUUCAGCCAAUUUAUUGGAAUCUUCAUCUUUGAACUCUGUAUUACCUGAUAAUUUUCUUAAUGAAGAAACACAGGAGAACUCAGGUGUCUGCUCCAAUGAGUUAACACAUGAAAGUAAGAAGCUGAGGGUAAAGUCAGGAAUUGAAGGAUUAUCUGGAAGGAGGGCUAACCACCCCAAAAAACACAAGAAAUCACGGAGGUCUCCUCUAACUACAGCUUCUCAAGUGCCCUCCAAUUCUAAUAUGUUUUCUAACUCUGUUCCUGUCUCACCUUCAUGUGAUCAAACUCCUUCAAUGUGUCAGUGGUACAAAGUGUCUACUAAAGAAAAUGGAGUUUCUCCAAGAAAAAAGAAAGUUUUCAAUAUUCUGGAUAGCAACAUUAAAUGGAGUGAUUUGAGUAGCAGUGAACAGUGGGCAGUUGGUGAAGGACUGGGUGUUGUACUCUCUCAGUUCCUAGGUGUUCGAGAGAGGCUUGAUCUUGUUAAUCUUCUCAGCUCCAAAUCACCAACAGAUGCUCCCAUUAUGACCAGUGAACAUGAUUUGAUUUCAUCAUUAGAUGAUGAAAAGUUAGAAAGCAUUCGUCGUUACUUAAGAGGACUGGGUAAUGAAGAAACCACUUCAGUGAGCAGAUUAUCCAAUACUUCGUAUGGUAAAACAUCCCAGAAAUGCAGGAAUAACAACAGCUUUAGAAAAAGGGGAAAAUUAUUUUACUACUCCAAAAAACCUAAGAAUGUAGCUGGUGGAAAGGUUGAUAAAAAGAUCAAGCUGAGUCACCAUCCUUCCACGCAGUAUGCAGUGAGCCAGUCAGCAAGGCUUCCAACGCAUGAAGUAAACACAACACAAUGGUCUAAUCAUCACAAGGACCCCAAAAAGAGUUUGCCUCUGAAGUACCAGGGAAGUAAAAAAGGGAAAAAGUGCAUUUCACAAGACCUGCUUCAGUUGCGCACAAGAACUAGAAAGGAGUACAAGCAGUUGAUGAAAGAAAAGAGAAGUGGUCUUUUUAAGCAAGAGGAGGUGAUAUGUGUAUCAGCCGCAACUUGUCAAGGUGAUGUCCAGCAACAUGAUCAAGAUGAAGAAGAUGAAGGCGAUGUCGAUAUUUUGGGUUAAAUACAAGUUAUUUAUUACCCCUCUGAAUUCUUUAUUUUUAUGUAAACUUCAGAACAGAUGCCAGAUGGUAUCUGUGUUUUUGAAACAAUUGUUUGAAUACAUUUUUUUUAGCUUUUUAUUAAAAUAUGUAAUUCGUCAGCAGGAUCAAGGUUCUUACAAUAUUUUUUAUUGCAUUCCUUGCACAUUGCACUUACUUAGACUUCCAGAAUUGUAUAAAGUACGUCCAAAGAACUUGUAACAAUUUUAUAUGGUGCUAGUAAAGUGAUAAGGCUAUAGCUUUAAACAUCACCAUGUCUAUUUGAAAGGCAUAGAAGUUUGCUUCAAAUAUUCCUUAAAAUAAUUAUAGUGUAUACAGCUACUCGACUUACGACCACCCGGACAUACGACCGCCUCAGUCGUACCAAAAUUUUGUCAAAUUGCAUAUUUUCGAGUCCCAACUUCAGUGAUUGCGCUGUGUAAUGACAAAAUUUUUAUUUCUAAUUCACUUUAAAGUGGCUAGCAAGCUUAAAAGUGAGAGUUUUGUGGUGCUGAGAAGAAAAAGAGACACCCAUUUUAGAUUUUCUAUGUAUUAUUUAAGCAUUUUCGACUUAAGGCCAUUUUGGUUUACGACCUGGAUUUGGGUCCCUAACCCCGUCGUAAGUCGGGGAGCAGCUGUAUAUCAAUUCAAUGAUAUUCUAAUUUCUCUUAUUUUUUAGACAACUGCAGUUUCAUGUUUAAUUAAAUUUAAAAAAAAGUCAUGACCAUAUUGACAACUUUUAUGGGUAACAUUUUUUUUUUAUCCAAGGACAAAGAAAAUUGCAGUCUUAGUUAUGCCCCCUGUACAUCUAAAUCUUAUACAGUACACAGUAUUGUUUCCUUUUCAUGAUUUUAUAAAAGUGCUCUUGAAAGUUUUAUACCAGGAAUUGAGAUUAAUAUGAAUGAAAACCUCAGAUUA